AUGCCUUUGACCGACUAUCCCGAGUGGUUCCUGGGCAAGCUUCUUUCUGGGCGUAGAGGAAACGACCACGAUCUGUUCUGCAAAGCACCGGCAUUCAAAGAAUUCUCCGAGCCGAACAUCACUGUCGAAGCGCCAGAGAUUGGUCCUUCAGAAUCCAAGCUUGGGAAGGAACACGGAGCGUGGGGCUCAGGUCGCAUUCCAGAGAUCAAGUGGACUUUGUCACCGAGCAUGGAUGCCGCGACAGUCAAGGAGUAUCUUCUCGUCUUCGAAGAUCCAGAUGCUCCACUAGGUCACUCCAAUCCUCACGGUAUCUACGCCGAAGUGCCAGCAACCCGAUCGAAGAUCGAGCAUGCGGAUCUCGAGCUUGUCCGCAAAGAAGGCGAGAAGAACAUCAUCAAAGGCGGCUUCACCGUUGGCAAGAACAGAAGGAACAUCGUGUACAUUCCUGCAAGGCCGCCUCUCGGACAUGGUAGCCAUCGCUACUUUUUCCAAGUCGUCGCUCUCAAGGAGCCUUUGAAUCUGAAGAAGGAUCGCGAGCCGCCGGCGAUUCCAGAGCUCAAGACGCUUGUUGAAGGCAAAGUCGCUGGUUGGGGUCAGUGGAUUGGGACUUUCGAGAGUACCUGGGAUCGGCAUAAGUGA